AAAUCAUCUUGUAAUCGUUUCAACGUUAAGGUUUUUACUUCAUACGCUACGCUGCAUGAAAAUUAUGGGUUUCUAUGCAAGAUCCUCAGGAUGAGAAGUACAAUUAUAAUAUGGCAGACUUAUAGCCUGCUGUUUGCAUUAACAUUGCAUCUUAUUUAUGCCAUACCAUUCCUUGAGCGACCAUAUUUUCGAGAAACUGAUAUCAAAUACACUGCAUUGGACAACCAGAAUAACACAAUUGAUUGUAAGGGACUUCGAAUCAAUGUUCUGUCAGCUAUAGAACGUUGUGAUGAGCGCGUAAAAAAUCGAACAUUUGACAUUAGAAGUUAUUGCAAUUCCACUCUCACCUGUGUACCAGAGUCUGACUGCUCGUCUACAAAACUGAAAAUAGAGAUAAAAUACACAUGCCUUGAAAGCAUAUCCCGUCCAAUCGAUGACGACAAAGAACACAUAAAAACACAAGAUCGGUUCAUGAAUACCGAUAUUGGAUGCCCUAGGGAAAACUAUGUAGAUAUCACAAACGCAAAAUAUGGAUAUGGGUGGUACAAAGGUAUAGAAGUUGAACCAAUCAAUGUCAUUAACGAUGUCAAACUAGCAUGCCAAUACAAACGAGCUUGUAUGUUCAAUCCACUUGUUCUAAAGAAAAAUUUAUACGCUGGCGAAGGGAAUUAUUUUGUAAUACAUUUCAGAUGCUUACCAGUAACGGACAAAUGCUAUCAGGUUAAUUGCGGACAAAAUGCUCAUUGUGUUAAUGAAGGGGAUAAAGUAAUGUGCGAGUGCGAUCUCGGAAGUAUUAGAGAAAAUAACAAGUGUAUUGAAAUAACAAACCCAAGUGAUCCAAGGCAUCGAACAAUACACCUUGCAAGAUUUGAUGUUAUUCCCGAUAUUGAUAUUGAAACGCUAUCAAAGGAACCAGACGAAAAUGAGCAUAUUGAAGUUUCAGAUGAAGAAGGCUUUGGCAUGGUUGACAAAGAAACAGGUGCAGUUGUGCUUAAUGGGGAUGACCCCCAUAUUAUUGACGAAGAUGCAAAUGACCCAAGUAAAAUAAACCCAAGUGACCCCACUAUUUCAGAGAAAUUGGGGCCCGACAAAAAUAAUGAUGCAAGCACUCCCGACAUUGGAAAUGUUGGAAUGGAUCCCAUUAAUGCGAAGGUUGAUGAUUCUGCAAAAGAUAUAACAGGUGAGCACAUUGCGUCACCACCAGAACAUACUCUGCCAAGUCACAAAAUAGACAUACCUGAACCUACUGGAGUUGCAGCAAACAAACCAGGAGAACAGAAGAAUAUGGGCACCGUUGCCGUGGAACACAAAGGGAACGACGACAGUGGUCAUAUAAUAACAGCAGGUGAUCCUAAAGACGGUCACAAUGGAGAAAAUAAUGCAGCAAACAAACCAGGAGAACAGAAGAAUAUGGGCACCGUUGCCGUGGAACACAAAGGGAACGACGACAGUGGUCAUAUAAUAACAGCAGGUGAUCCUAAAGACGGUCACAAUGGAGAAAAUAAUGCAGCAAACAAACCAGGAGAACAGAAGAAUAUGGGCACCGUUGCCGUGGAACACAAAGGGAACGACGACAGUGGUCAUAUAAUAACAGCAGGUGAUCCUAAAGACGGUCACAAUGGAGAAAAUAAUGCAGCAAACAAACCAGGAGAACAGAAGAAUAUGGGCACCGUUGCCGUGGAACACAAAGGGAACGACGACAGUGGUCAUAUAAUAACAGCAGGUGAUCCUAAAGACGGUCACAAUGGAGAAAAUAAUGCAGCAAACAAACCAGGAGAACAGAAGAAUAUGGGCACCGUUGCCGUGGAACACAAAGGGAACGACGACAGUGGUCAUAUAAUAACAGCAGGUGAUCCUAAAGACGGUCACAAUGGAGAAAAUAAUGCAGCUGAGCGAAUGAAACAGCAUAAUAAUAAUGGCGGCAAUAUGCAAAUAACUAAGGACGACGAGUCUGCCUAUGGCAAUGAAAACAAGAAUCCCAACGCGAUUGUUGGAAGGAAAAAUGAUAGAAUUUCAAGACACCAAUUAGGUAGCAAGGAUACAAUGCUAAAUAUAAUGAGUCCUUAUACGGUGGCAAACCCAAAGUUGUCGCCUAUCAAGGAACAUGGAGCUAAAUUGUUUAAUGUAGAGAUGUCGCAAAAUGCUGAACAAAAUUCAGAACAUACAAGAUUGUCAUUCAAAUGCUUCAUACCAAUUGGUCAAAUGAGUGUAAAAGAAAAAGGCCAAGCAGCUCAUGUGGAAUUUGAAGGAAGACAUGACAAAGAUCAUGAACAUAUAUAUCGUUACAGAUACUGCACUGCUAAUAACGAAUAACAUUAUAAUCAUUUUAAUGUAGGAAACCAAAUGCCCU